AAGAUAACUUAAAUGAUAAGCCAAUUGUUUUAUCUAUGUAUAUAAUAUUUAGAUGAUAUUACCUGUUCCUGUAUAAUAUUGUUUCUGUAUGGUGACCUAAGGAAUAAACUAACACAGGAUGAAUGGGACAGAACCAAACAGCCUUGUAUCAGCAGUGCUGAUGUUCAACUGGGUAGAGUACUCUGUGUUCUGCUCCAUGCUGCUGCUCUCUCUGCUGAUCGGAGUGUACUACGGUUGGUGUAAAAGACAGGACACAGUGGCUGAGUACAUGCUGGGAGGCAAAAACAUGUCGGUCUUCCCUGUCACCCUAUCUUUAGUUGCAAGCUAUGUUUCAGGUGUGACACUGAUUGGUUUUCCAGCUGAGGUCUACACGUAUGGAACUCAGUUCUACGCAAUCAUAUUCACUGAUCUUGCCAUGUACUUCAUUGUUAAUUAUCUUUAUCUACCUGUGUUUUACAAUCUUCAGAUGAACUCUCUGUAUGAAUAUUUGGAGCUAAGGUUUAAUAAAUUCACUAGGACUCUUGCUUCUCUGAUUUUCGCAAUAUCGUUGAUAAUCUUUCUACCUGUGGUAAUAUAUGUUCCUGCCUUAGCCUUCAAUCAAGUGGCAGGAGUAUCAGUCCAUGUAAUCUCACCUGUUGUAACUUUGAUAUGCAUCUUCUACACAUCAUUUGGAGGUUUGAAAGCCGUUGUGUGGACUGAUGCACUGCAAAGUUUAUUUAUUUUAGGAUCUACCAUAUUUGUAGUCAUUCUAGGGCUCAAGAAGGUUGGUAGCAUUUCUGAAGUCAUUAGAAUAAACGAGGAGGGUGGGAGACUCGAGUUAUUCAACAUGAACCCUAGCCCUUUUGAGCGCAACACAUUUUGGACCAUUGCAUUUGGCUCGAUCUUCAUAUGGAUCCCUCAGCUGGCGGUUCACCCUAGUGCUAUGCAGAGAUUCAUUGCCGUCUCUUCAUUCAAGAAGGCUAAAGCUGUGAUGUUUUGGUCAGUGAUCGGGUUUCUGACAAUUUAUGGACUUGUUCUCAUCAUUGGCCUCUUGCUCUAUGCCACUUACCAUGACUGCGAUCCAGUUGCAUCUGGGGUAGUAGAAAAGACAGGACAGUUGGUACCCUAUUAUGUGAUGGAAGUGGCACAUGACUAUCCUGGCCUCACAGGGCUCUUCAUCUCUGGGGUUCUAAGUGCAGCUCUGAGCUCAAUCUCAUCUGGCCUGAACACUGUAGCUGGGACGAUGUAUGAAGAUUUUGUCGUCUAUGUGUUGAAAGGAGAGAAGCUGUCAGAGACUAGGCAGAAUCUCGUCACCAAGAUUCUUGUUCUUGUGUUGGGAUUAUUGUACAUUCUUGGAGUCUUUGUCAUUGAAAGAUUGGGUGCUAUAUUUCAAAUGGUGCAAAGUUUGGUUGGUGCCACAAAUGGAAGCUUAAGUGGUCUUUUCACACUGGGUAUAUUUUUCCCUCAAGCAAAUGCUACGGGUGCCAUAGCUGGAACUCUGACCAGCCUUGUGGUUAUGUCUAUGGUGGUGUUCGGUGCGCAGGUCUACUCAGUGAGGGGCCUGUUGAGGUACCCUGGAAAGAUGACAAGCGUGACCAACUGUUCGCCCGACCUCAUUAAGAGCCUUCCAUUCAAUGCAACAUCAAGGUGUGACACAUACACUGGCAUUGGGUCUCCAGUAAUUGCCGACCCCUCUGUACCCUUGAUCUUCCAGCUGUCCUAUCUCUACUACUGCCUGCUGGGCAUGGUGAUCGUACUGGUAGUAGGGCUGGCGGUCUCAUACAUAUCUGGCCCUACUGACGCUCGACACCUCGAUCCCCAACUCUUUUCGCCACCAGUUCGCCAUUUCUUACCUAAAAAGGGGAUCAAGUCUAUCCCUGAAAAUGAAGAGUACAAACUUGUCAAAACUUCUGAUAUGGCAACAAACAAUAAUACAGAUGGAAAAAGAAACUCAAUAUUAUAAAAAAGUAUUGUUCCAAUUGUAUAUUUUAAUGUAAUUAAAUUUAAGUUAUGUAUUAAUUUAAAUAUGUAUGUCUUGUUUAACUUUUUUUAAAGGAAAUAUUUUUAGAAUGAAAUAAACUUUAAGAAGUACUUGUACUUUUAAUGUUGCUGGUAUUAUAUUGAUGUGUCUGGUUUUUAUAAAAUUAAGUUCUCUCUCAGAAAAUAAUUCAAUAGCUUAAAUAGUUAAUAGUUAUUGUGAAUUUUGUGUGAAUGUAUUCAGUUAUCUCACAGUGUAGAAAAAUUGAAAGUUUUGACAUUUUUUUCUUUAGAAGUAAGCUAAGAGUUUCAUAAGAAUAAAUGGAAUGAAAGGCUAAAA